AUGGGUAGCUUGCACGCAAUCACGAAUGUCUACGCCGGUAGUACGGUGUCAGUUGGGAAGAUACGACUACAGAGUCAUACAGUGGGAGCGAGGCAGAAAGAACCACUAGAUGAACUUUUCUCGGAGAACAUCACAGCGAAAAUAAUUCGAACGGCUCAAAAACAUCUAUCAAACAACAACCCGCCUUCACAAUAUCCACACAUUGUCCCUCAAACUGGACCAGAUGUCGGCCAAUACGUUUCCAAGGGGAUAGACUUCUGGACCUGUGGGUUCUUCCCGGGAUCUAUCUAUUCCCUUCUAGAGCGAGCAAUCAAAUACCCCACUCAGCUUCGAGUUAAAGAGGUUGAGGUGCAAUCUUUGCGCUCGACUCUUGAAAAUUUGGGGAGAACCUGGUCUGAUCCGAUCCACGGUGAAUCUCGGCUUACAAACACGCAUGAUCUUGGGUUCAUUAUGAUGACCCAUAUGAAGCCUAGAUGGGAGCUUUUCCACGAUGAAAAAGCUUUAAGCACUAUAACCACGGCUGCCAAUAGCUUGUAUAGUCGUUACAAUUCGGCGGUCGGUGCGAUUCGCUGCUGGGACGAGCUGGUGUGGACAAACGCGCCUCACAUUCGCAGCAUGGAUGAAAACUUCAUCGUCAUUAUCGAUUCCUUAUGCAAUCUUGAUCUUCUGUUCUACGCCGCAGCUCACAGUGGAUCUUCUCAUCUGAGCGACGCGGCAAAGCAUCAUGCGCGUACUCUCAUCCGUACUCACCUGCGAGAGGAGCCGACAGCGUGUCGCCCAGGGUUCUCCGGUAUGUUAUACAGUACUGGACAUGUUGUCAACUUUUGCCCGCAGACUGGGGGCAUAAAAGAGAAACGCACUGCGCAGGGCUUUGACGCAAACUCAACGUGGUCUCGUGGCCAGGCUUGGGCGAUACUGGGUUACGCGCAGACUUAUACAUGGACGAAAGACGAAACCUUUCUUCACGUGGCAUGUGGUCUUGCCGAAUACUUUUUGCUUCGGCUAGACAUGGCUCCCAGCUGCGUCGAAACCUACACUUCAGAUGGGACAACAUCAGGACGCUACGUGCCAAUGUGGGAUUUUGAUGCCCCAGUUGAGGCGGACGGUAUACCCCUACGAGAUACCUCAGCAGGUGUUGCCGCGGCAAAUGGCAUGCUGAUUCUCUCCCAAGCAUUCACUGGCCUUGGGAGAUAUGAUAUGGGAAAGAGAUAUUUGAAAGCAGCUUUAACCAUUGUCGAGGAAACAAUUCUAUGCUCGCUCGCUUCAGAACGAGCGAAAUCGGUCACCACAGGGGAUGGAGAUAUCAUCGGUGUCGAUGAAUUGGAGGGCAGCACCUUUGAAGCAGUCUUGAAAAAUGCCACAGUCUCUAAUAAUGCUCUUGGAUAUGCACAGAUAAGAGACCAUGGAUUGGUUUAUGCAGAUUACUAUCUAAUUGAGUUUGGGACUCAACUUCUUCGCCUAGGGUUGGCCUAG